AUGUUUCCUUCUAUUCAAAUGCACAACACUGAUUGCCACUGCACCAGAUGCAAUAAUAAUGAUCAAGGAGUUUCUCGAGUAUCGAGACCUGAAAAGAGAAGCAUGGAAGUAGAUACUGAAAUAAUCCCGACGUAUCAAUCUGAUUCUGUGGAAGCAAUGGAUGGUCAGGCCAACUCACCUAUCUUGGAUGUCAUCUCAACGUUUGACAAUGACAUCUUUGUUGGUAAUGACUACAAUGGUAAUGAGUCUGACACAACCGAUGACAAUGACAGUGAUGACAAUGGCAAAGAAGACACUGCCAAGAUUUAUGUUGAAGAGUUUAACAAUGAGGAUCAGUUUUAA